UCUCUCUCUCUCUCCGCUGCUCACGAGCCGCGGUGUGGUGCGCGAGACUCCGAAGCUGAGCGCGCGCGAGGUUUUUUUGUUUUAUACUUUGUUCUUAAUAAGAGAAAAACGGAAAUCGGCGAAAAGCUCCAGCAGCUGUUUGUGUUUGUUGUUGAGAAGAGAGAAGCUCCGGGAGAAAUCCACGGGAGAAAUCCACGGGACUACAGCAGGUGUGACAGCCGCGGGAAACUUGGAGCGGAGGACAGAGGUGGAGGAGCCUCGCCAUGAAACAUGAGUAAGGACAGUAACGGAACCGGAGGGCUGCAGCCCCUCUGGAACUUCACCGGGUCGUUGGUCAACCAAUCAGCUGACGUGUUCUCCAACACCUCGUGCAACGUCUCCACCAAUGAUUCCACUUCCUGCUCGGCCAUCGACAAUGGAGAGGGAUCAGGAAGUCCUUAUAAAGCUCUGGAGAUGUUCUUCAUCGCCUUGGUUACAGGAUCGCUGAGCUUUGUGACUGUUACAGGGAAUAUUUUAGUCAUGCUGUCCAUCAAAGUGAACCGCCACCUCCAGACUGUCAAUAACUACUUCCUGUUUUCGUUGGCGUGUGCCGACUUGAUCAUCGGUGUGUUCAGCAUGAAUCUGUACACCGUCUACAUUAUCGUUGGCUACUGGCCGCUGGGGCCGGUGGUCUGCGACUUGUGGCUAGCGUUGGAUUACGUCGUCUCAAACGCCUCGGUGAUGAAUUUACUGAUCAUCAGCUUUGAUCGCUACUUCUGCGUGACCAAACCGCUCACGUAUCCAACCAGGAGGACAACCAAGAUGGCGGGGUUGAUGAUCGCAGCGGCGUGGAUCCUGUCCUUCAUCCUGUGGGCUCCGGCCAUCUUGUUCUGGCAAUUCAUCGUUGGGCAGCGAACGGUUCCACCUGGAGAGUGUUAUAUCCAGUUCCUUUCCAACCCUGCGGUGACGUUCGGGACGGCCAUCGCAGCGUUCUACCUUCCAGUCAUCAUCAUGACCAUCCUCUACAUCCACAUCUCCUUGGCCUCCAGGAGCAGAGUCUCCAAACACAAACCUGAGAAGAAAGAGAAGAAGGGGAGCAAAACUCCCAGCUUAAUGAAGAGCCACCUGUUAAAGCAGAACAACAAUAAUGAAACCAGUCCUCAGGCCAGCCCUCGCUCUACUCCCAAACUCAGCCUGGACUCCACCACCACGGCGCUGGAGGCCGUGAAGAACGGCCGAGUAGAAGAACCCAAACCUGCUCAGCCUCAGCCUCUGGCUCAGCCCAGUCCAGGACCCACACAGGAGGAGAAAGAGAGCUCCAACGACUCGUCUACAGCUUUUAUUCCUCCCACAGAGCCGAAGGAAACCACCAAUAAUGAGGUGACAUCUGAGGCUGCAACAAACUCCAACCCAGUCAUCACAACGGCCGCCAGCGCUGCCAUGUCCAAGAUGAACGCCGGCUCCAGGUGGUCCAAGAUAAAGAUCGUAACCAAGCAGGCCGGGGACGAAUGCAUCACCGCGAUAGAGAUUGUCCCGCCUGUAGAGGGCGCCGAAACGCACUCUAUCCCCAUCAGCCGUCCCAGGACUGUGGCCAGGAAGUUCGCAAGUAUCGCAAGGAGUCAAGUGAAGAGGAAAAGACAGAUGGCUGCCAGAGAAAAGAAAGUAACUAAGACCAUCUUCGCCAUCCUGCUGGCCUUCAUCAUCACGUGGACGCCCUACAACGUCAUGGUGCUGAUCUCCACCUUCUGCCAGUCCUGCGUCCCCGACACGGUGUGGGCCAUCGGAUACUGGCUCUGCUACGUCAACUCCACCAUCAACCCGGCCUGCUACGCGCUGUGCAACGCCACCUUCAAAAAGACCUUCAAGAACCUGCUGCUGUGCCAGUACAAGAACAUAGGAACGAGAUGAGAUGGACGCAGGAGACUGAGGGUGGGAUGGAGGGGAAGGGGUGAACCACGUCCAGAACGAAGGAGGAGCUUUAGUUCAGAGGUGAGUGAUAGAAGGAGCUGGAGGAGAUGAAGGAGGCCUUUAGGAGACCAGAACCUGGAAGAACAGCGUGGCUUAUUCUACUAAAGAUGCCAGUCGUCCCUAUUUUACCGACUCACUGAGUAAUGUGAGUUUUUUUACCCGCCCAGCUUCAAUGGAACAAAUUACACGGAGAGUGGAAAUCUGGUUUCAUAAACAGAUUAAUGAGAGCUGAAGGACUGAUCGGUUAGAACCAACACUGAGGAAGAACAUUCACCUCUUCCAUCUCAUCAUAUAACAACAUUAGCCGUUAAACACAGUUUAGCCAGAAGCUGGACGGAUGCUAUCGUACCGUCAGAGUUCAUCUGAACCGCCGUCCUGAAUCCCUGACCUCUGAUUGGCUGCUGGCUGUGUUGAGACAACACUCAGAUUGGUCCACAGUGAGCAGCUUCACAUUCAGGAAGACAUCAGGACAGUCAGGAUGAGAUGAAGGAGACUUAGUGAAGCUCUGGGAGGAUGGGAGAGGAGAAACUGAGGAAAGUAGAAGGAGCUAAAGAGGAGAGCUGGGUGGAGGAGGUCAGUAGAAGGAGCGAAAGAGGAGAGCUGGGUGGAGGAGGUCAGUAGAAGGAGCGAAAGAGGAGAGCUGGGUGGAGGAGGUCAGUAGAAGGAGCGAAAGAGGAGAGCUGGGUGGAGGAGGUCAGUAGAAGGAGCGAAAGAGGAGAACUGGGUGGAGGAGGUCAGUAGAAGGAGCGAAAGAGGAGAGCUGGGUGGAGACCAGGGAUCCCUAAACCUGCUUCAUCUGAGGGGGAACUUCUUCUAUCAGAUGUUUCCAGUAAAAGCUCCAGGAGUACAGGAAUAGCUUCUUUAUCCAUUAAUGCUGUGUGUCACCGCCGUGGUAACAGUCGUAGUCACAGUCAAAGAGCCCCGUUAACAAACCUCUACUAGUUCUCCUGAAUCUGUUAACUCUAGUUAUAAAAGCUGCAGCACAGACGGACGGAUGGAUAGUGAUGGUGGAGGUCAGAGAUGGUGGAAGCAGCAGAAAUGAAGGUUUUUAAGCAGAACAUCUGUAGUGGCAACACUCUGAGGGACUUGAGUUAGAAAUAAUCUGAGAGCUCUUCUAAACACCUCAGCAGCAGUUUUAUGGGAGAAUUUACCUAAACAAUGCACACGUGUUUCAGGGAUUUUAGUUCAUUAACCAGAAGAUAUUAAUCAGAAACAUCAGGAAUCAGCGUCUGGCUUUCAGUGCUGCAGGUUUGUCGCCUCUAAAUGUGACAACAAAGAAGAUGGAGGUAGAAGCAGUUUCAGUUUGAUCGUUUAUUUAGUUUAGUGUUGACAUGUUGAUCCUCUGAAACCCACCAGUAGGUUUCAGGAACCAAAUCCAAGCUAAAAGUUGUGAUAUUUGGUGACUUUAUUCUACAUGUUCCAUGAAAAUAUGCCAAGAAUAAAUCAUCUGACCAGAUUCUGGCAAAAAAAAAAAAGAGUCACAUGACAAGAAUUCAGGGACUUUUAGGAUGAACUGCAGGCGGUGUUCAACACAGAGCAGAGAAAUAAAUCAGCUUUAAUCUGCUGCUGCAGCAUGGUUCAGUCACGGUCAGCUGUUAGAUAAAGUCUGCAUGCUAAAAUGUGUUUGUAUGAAAGCAAAGAGUUAAAUGUCUGUAGCCUGUAUAGCUUUGAUGUUUCCACUGUUGGCGACACAUUCCAAGUUUAUUCUACAUUUUUGUAAAAUAAUCAAAGAAAUUCAACUUAAUUUUUUAUUGUUUAAUGAUUUAUGACGUUCUAAUGUUGUUCUGCUGCACAAAACGUUUCUCCUUCCAGCCAUGGUUAGUUUUUAGUUAAUUACUCCUGAGAUGAAGGACUUAAUAUUAAAAAAUGGAAAAAAAUGGUUAAGAAACUGCUGGAGGUUCAGAACGUGAAAUCUGAUUUGGUCUUUGACAUUUAAUAAACCAAAUUUAUGGCAAUGUAGCCAGUAGAUGAGCACAAAAAUAUCCAGACUAACCUUAAAAAUCCACUUCUAUCAUCCAUCCAUUCUCUAUCCACCGCUUUAUCCUCACUAGGGUCAUGGGGGGUGCUGGAGUCUAUCCCAGCUGACUCGGGUGAAGGCAGGGGACACCCUGGACAGGUCACCAGUCUGUCACAGGGCUACAUAUACAGACACACAAUCACACUCACAUUCACACCUACGGACAAUUUAGAGUAACCAAUUAACCUCAGCAUGUUUUUGGACUGUGGGAGGAAGCCGGAGUACCCGGAGAAAACCCACGCAUGCACAGGGAGAACAUGCAAACUCCCUUCUGUCAUCCAUGUAAAGCAAAACCAUCAUCUUUAUGCUGUUCCUGCGUGUUUAGUGACAGUAAGUGUUGAUUGCAGUUGAACUCUUAAAGAGAUUUUCAGUCUUUUAUUGUGAAAUAUGGAAGAUAAACAGGAGCAGAGCUGCAGUUCCUCUUAGAUUUAUGGUGAAACUGAGAAAACAUCAACUGGUAGAAACUAAAAGUGGCAGAUUCAAAGAAAAACUAAAGAAAAGCUGUGAUUUGAUGCAGAUGGAAGGUGUGACCUGUGGAGUGGAGGGUUAUUCUGUUCUUUGGUUCUCAGUGUUUGGUUUCUUCAGGGCCUCCAUAUUUACAACCUACUGUCCUCGUGUCUGAGUUUCCUCUCACUUUAAUCACUUCAGAUUCACUUAUCCUUUCCUAAAUAUUGGAUCUGUGAGGAUCUCUGCUGUUCUGUCCCAUUAAGCUGUCACAGUGAGCGGUACUAAAUGUUGUCUCAGAUCUUUAGAGGAACAGAAAUCAAUGAGUUUCUCUUCAAAUAAUUCCUGAUAAUCGGGCUGUUUAUCCACCUCAGCUUCAGCUCUGAUCCAGGAUUUGUAUUUUGCUGCUGAAACCAGCGACAGUGACUCCGUCCACGUCGUUCAGAAUUAACUCUCUUAUGUGUUGGUCUGCAGAUCACACCUGUUUAAAUUAAACAACACGUGUGUUCAGGCGGCAGCAAACGGAGAGGAAGCAAACAAAGAUGAGAGGAAAAUGGAGGACAGGUAGAGAAAGGAAAAGAAAACAUCUGGAGAGAGAGGGAGAGACGAGGGAAUUAGGGAAAGAGAUGAUGAGCUGCUGGAAGAAAAGUAGGACACGAUGGGAGGAGAACAGAGGAAAUACAGGAAUCCCUCAUUUUGUCCUAAAGCUCAGGCUGGAAAUGGGGGAAGAAUGACACAGACAGGCUAAAAGCUCAUCUAAAAUAUCACAAUAAAAGCCUGUCCUUCAGCAGCCUCUUAUUAGCAGAAAGGCUUCUUUAGCGGUUAUUAGCUGCUCUCUUUCAGAUCCGUCUCCGGUGACUAAUAAUAAAAUCUGUUUGUUAUCCGGUCGUUUCUACCAGCGAUGAAGGGAUCUCAGGUCAGAGCUUUGGGUCUUCUGAGGACGCUGGCUUUAUUCACACCCAGCAGGGAUUUAUUCUGGGCCACUUCCAGAUACAGUCAUCCAGUGUGAGCAGUGAAAUGUCUGCUAGUCAGCCAAAGAGCUGGAAAUCCUGGUGGCUCAGCAGGACUCGGGUCGGUUUCUGUCUACUUAGAACGUGAUGGUUUCAGCUUAGCAGAGCUCAGGAACCUGUCAGGACCUCGUCAAGCAGCUGUAGCUUUCUGUGAAGAGGAAAACAGGAUGGAGAAAGGAGAUAAUGACGUCCUGUUCGUCCAUUUAGGGACUAAGGCUGCGUUUAUACGAGGACCAUCUUAACAGAAAACGCAAAAGUGGCGUCUUGUCAUUUCACGUUUAGACGAGCGGUUUUGAAGGAAAUCUGCGUAUAUACGGUGACUCUAUAGUGUGUGGAAUUCGAUUGGAUAUGCAUGCCAGGCAGCUGGGUGGCGCUGUGAUAAAACUCUGCCAUGUCUACGCGCAUGCUUACUAUCUCCCUUUUCAGAUCUCCACUGUGGUAAAUGUUCAUGAAUGGAAUCUGUACAGAUUCUGUACGUUUGUUGGUACGACUCCUGUAGUGUACAUAGAGCUGCCAGAGCUGCUUGAAGGUACGAAGGAUGGAAAUAAUCACACAUCUUUGUUUACUUCCUUGUACCGGCCGGCAAACCAAAGCACCGGUGCACGUAUGUGACGUAAUCACGUACGUGACGUGGUCAGAUCUCGGCAAAGUUUUGCGUUUUGCUGUUUAGACGGAAACGUAACGGCGGAGCGUUUUCUACUUUUCCACUCUGGAGGCCGGUUUCAAAUUUUUGCGUUUUCAAGCCCCCAAAACGCCGUCCUCGUAUAAACGAUAGGGUGUUUUGUUGAAGUAUUUUGCCGUUUUUACCUGCAAGCGUCCUCGUGUAAACGGCCCCUCAGGAGCGAUGAAAACGAGGAACUCCUGGAUGUUUGGAGAAAGCAGUGGACAGAUGUAGUCCAGCUGUGCUCGUCCUUUUUAUUCAUCCACACAAACCCACGGUCACAUUUUAUCUAUUAAAUCAGGCUACAGGAGGUCUUUCGGUGGACUGAAAUUAGCUGCUCAUUGAUGUCUAGAAAACCCGUGUCGGUAGGUGUAGGUAGGGUAGAGAUAAUCAGAGAGGACGUUUGUUUUUUUGGUUUGUUCCAGAACAUUUCCAGCCUCUCCUGUUCCUCCACUCUAUAUUCUCAGUCCAAACGUUCGAUGGUUAGUGGUUCAGAUAAAUACCUCUUACUGGGAUGUUCUUGGUCAGAAUCCAGCCUGUCUUUGUUUGCCACCUGUUAUUUUUGCUGUAGUUUUAGAGCACUUUUAUCCCCAUCUUUAUGCCAUCACAGCUGAUCUAGAAUGGAGCCGUUUGACUGCAGCAACAGCAGAACUCAAUUCCAAAGAGAUAUUAUGAAAUUCCUUUUAAAAACUGCAUUCGUUAUUCUCAGAGAGACGCUGGAGACUCUGCAGGAAGAUUUCAAAAGCUUCUGCUAAUUCAUUCGGGUCUCUCCAGCAGCAUCUCUUUAUUUAGUCGUAUUCUUUAUGUUCUCUGCAGCCUCAGCUCAUCAUCACUCUGGAUGUCUUUUUCUGUUUCUUUUGUCAUGUUUUCUUAAUAUAGGACCACGAUAUGGAGCGACUUAGAGCAAAAGCAACAGAUUGCAGUGAUUUUAUAUCCUUUAAGUUACUCAGCAGAUUAUCAGUAUUUUCCUGAAACAUGAUUUUAAAAGUACAGGUCAUCUGCUUAUAUAAUAAAUACUGAGCUCUGAAGUCAUAGAGACUCUAUUAAAAGACAGAUAUUAGCUUAAUGCUGCUUGAUUUACAGUUUUUAAAGACCCAGUUCUACUAAAUUCAUGCUACAUUUGGACACCAGAGUCUCUUGUUCCUCCAGUUUGUCUGUAGCGUUUCCAUAAAUGCCUCCUCACGUUAAAUCUCCUGUACCUCUGUGUGACCUACAUCCACUCCCAUUCAAUAAGCUUCAUUUAUGUCGGCUGAACAACAGAACCAAACGGAGGGUUUCUUCCUCCCAUCAGCAGAUGUUUUUUUUUUUUUACUCUUACUUCACAUGUGCUUAUUCCAUUUAUUUCAAAGUAAAAUCCAUAGCUUGAGGUGCUUUUUUUACAAUAAGAAUAAAGCUCGUAUUGAGAUUAGACCGACUCGGCUGCUCUGGAAUAUUUAAACAGUCUGAUGGGAGUGGGAGGAAGAGAAGACGGUGAAAGAUGUGAAUGUUCUUUGUUAUUCAGGAAUGAGGACAAAGCACUGCUGAGGUGAUUGGCAGCAGGGAUCACUGGUUGGUUAGCUGACACGCUUAAUUGAUGAGAUGUGGAGAAAAAAUGGAUGACGGCAGAGUUUAGGGAGACUGGACUGACUGAAAGAAUGAAAGCUUCUCUGCAGGAUGUUCAUGAACACGUCCAGCUGCCUUAUUAAACUAAAAUCACAAACAAAAACUAAAAAAACGACACAGGAAAGUUCCCAAACAUUUAGCAAACUCAUCCACAUGAAGUUCUGAUGCCCAGCUGAUGUCCUCAGUGAUGUUUCCAACACAUUUCAGAGGUUUUUAGGAAAAAAGUCUCUUCAAACUAAACUAAGUAUUCCUCAUAACAGCUGUUUUUAAAUCAGAAAACAUCUGAACAUUUAAAACCCGUUUAGAAAAUGAUUGCUUUGCUCCUGCUGUUGUUGGACACGUCCAGGAGGAGAGGAUUGAAACCAUCAGGGUUAAAAGAGCUACAGCUGCACACUUCAUAGAUUCAGGCUUUUCUUCUUAUCGUUUAACAUCCAGAACAAUCACAUCGGAUGUCUUUCAUUCUCUCUGCUCUCGUCUCCCUUCAGCUCUUGUUUUCUGUGUGUGAGGUCUGAAGCUGGACUCUAAAUUACUCUAAUUAAGUUGAACAUGUUGUGCCUUCAGUGCAGCUCUUCUCCCUGAGAGGACAGCAGAGGUAGAGCAGUGAAGUAGUGGAGACAGACCACAGAAGUCUUAGAGGCCGACAGUUCUAACAAGAGAGACUCUGGUUUCCUCAACUUCUAUCACAACUGAGCAAAUUGCCUCCCUCUUCAGCAGAGAACUCUCCAGCUCGGUAUUGAUUGGGCUUUUCAUUAGGCUGCUUUCUCACUGCAGGAGCUUCCAGGCUGCUUUUGGGUGGUCUGAACCUUUCUGUGUUCUUACUGCAUAACCAUCCAGUAGAACCUCCUGCUGGGACGUUUAGAGGAGAAAAACGUUCUGUAGGGCAGAGCAGGCCUGAAGAACUGCAGUGAGGGCUGUUAGAGGCUCUAAACCUGAAACAAAACAGGGAGACUAAAGGGAUGUAUUUUAACUAAAUCAACCCAAACUGAAGCCAUAAAGCAGCUCCUGCCAGAGAGCUGGGUGGAGAAUGAGGGAGGUUUUAUCAGCUGAGCCUCUGGAUCCCAGGUGUGAUCAAUCAGCUGAUGAGCCUCUGAUCUCCAGUCCAGGUGUAGGGUCGUCACUGGGAGCUCUGUGCUGAUUGGUUCAGCUCUGAGCUCUUUGGUUUCUCCUCUAAUAUCACCGUCUUUAACAUUAAAUUCAACAUCGAGGCCAACAGAACAAACCUCCAUUGUUCUGCUCAUAGAACUGGAGCUUGGUCCAGAUGUGAGAUCUUUCUCCAGCAUGGAAACAGAAUGACUGAAAGGGCAGAUUAUUCAUCCUGCAGUAGAAAAUCACCGAUCGUCCACUUCUAGUGGGACUUCUAGUUCACUGUAGAGCUGGAAAUGGAGACUCAAUACUUUGUGAGAGUUCAGUUUCCACUGCACCAAGCUCUGGAGAUAUCCUGCUAUCACACCGUACCAGAUAAACCAGCAUCACUUCACCUUUACACUGGAUUUUAACAAACAACACUGAAACAUUUCAGUUUGGCUUUUUGGUUAGUUGUCCUAAGAUGCUGAAUAUGGGUUUUAAAAAUACAAUUAACUCUUAACACUACAACAAAAACCCAAGUAUUGGAGUUUUACUGACAUGAAAACACUCUUUGAAGCCAACCUUGUCCCCUAAGAAUGAGGUUUCCUACAGAACUAGCUGUAUUCUUACCGUGUGGAAACACAUUUCAUUCCUCUCUAUAAACUAAGUCUCUAUCAAAGAUGGAAAGACUUCCAGUUUGAAAGAGCUACAAAAUCUGAAUUAGGACAAAACUUUCUGCAUCUGCAAGAACAAGAGGGUCCACUAAGGUCUGCAUAAUAUAGAGUUUAAUUGAUGCUUUAGGAGCUUUAUGGAGGCAUUCAGGACCAAUGUAAAUAAACUUUUCUGUUCAGUUGGAGGACUUUGUGUUUUGACACAAAUUUUGACCUCUUGGUGGAGAUUUUCCACCUGGACUCUAAAUGUACACCAAACAGAUGUUAUUAGACUUAUGGACUAAAAGACAUGGAAUUAUUUGGGAAAAUCUCACUUUGUUUGAUACUUUCAUCACCAUUACUACAAGUUAGAAGCUUAGUUAAGUUCAGGCCUAAAAACUGCUUUAGUUUGGGUUAAAAUAAAACCUCUGACAACAUAUUUAAAGCUCAUAUUAUUGGUUAUCUGAGACACUAUAAAAUAAAAAGAGAGAUGCGCUGAUUUGUCACAAACAAACCCAGUCGAGCAGAAAUUGUUUGUUUGCAAUUAUAAUUGAGAAAACAGUUUAGUAGUAGAAGAAUGUCAUUUCUGAAAGCUGCAGACGUUCAUGCAUUCAUGACUCUUCAUCCACCGCCGUCUGAGUUGAUGACCUGCAGCUUCUAGGAAGGAAACCAAUCAGUUCUUUACCUUAAUCUGCUUUAACCCUUCAGACCCGUAUGUCUGUAACUGAUUCAACACAUCCUCCUGACUUUUUAAGAGCGUGGAGCUCAGUAAUAAAUCGCUGCAGGACGGAGGUGAUGAUCGAAGCUCCAGUGUAAGUCAGAGUAAACAUCUCCUCUCUCCUCCAUCCCGGGUAGAAACAUCCUGAAGAACGGUCAUUGUUCUGAAGAUGCUGCUGUUCCUCAUGGAAGCUCGUAUCAGAACGUCUCCUCCAACACCAUGUCAGUAUCUUAGAAAAACACAUCAGUGGGUAGAAAAAGCUGCUUCCUGUUACAGCCAGUGGCCAGAACACAUCAGAGGAUCAGGAGGUUCUAGCUGGUUAGUUCCAUCCUGAAGAGUUCAGUCUGGUGAUAGGUGACGACUGGUUCCAUCUCCUGAUCACAAAGGAUUCCCCUCCAUGAACAAAACUGUGCCGUGAUGGUUGAACAUCGUCACGUUUUCUGCUUUAGAUUUCAGGACCAACCCUGUCGGACUACCAGGCUGAAGAUCAAACUUCUCCUUCAGUUUGGUAGUUGGCUCUUAAACACUGUCUAGACCUUUCUGAGGAUCUUUAAUCCUCCAUGUAAAGUAUCAUACAAAGGUAGAACAACCACUAGACGAAAGCACUCCACCAUUGCUGUAAAUACACAACCAGUACUUCUGAAUAUUUGAGCUUCACGUCACAUUUUGACUCAUUCCAAAGACAGAAGACAUGGUCCUUGUGUUUUUUUCAGAGUAUAUAAACUAUAUUUACCUCUCCGUGUACAGAGCAUGUACUUUAUAGUGAUCUAAACGCAUUGUGAACUCUAGUCCUAUUUUUUUGUCAAAAUAUUGCUAUUUAAAGUUCAACUCAGUGGCAUCAGUCGAGUGACAGCACUAAUUUGCACCAUGAUGAAAAGAACCUUCAGUUUUUUCAAUGUCGAUGAUUCCAUCCUGCAUCAAGAUGUUCUGUUGAGAGCUGGAGAUGUAAAUAAACGCCAAACUAAAGGAGACUAAUGGUUCCUUUAUGGUGGUAACCAUCUGUAUAUGUUCUGUAAAUGCUUUCAAUUUAUUCUGAUACUCAACCAGAACUGGGUUCUAAACACAAGAUGCUAUCAGAGAGACUCUUUAAAGGGUAAAUCAGCAUGAAAUUUAGCUUUAGUUCUGUACCACAAAGACCUUUUUUUAAGGAAGAGACCAUCUGAAAGCUAACGCAACUGCUUAUAUCAAUCAUUUUAAUUUCUAAUGAAAUUAACCAACAAUCUAGAUUAAGUUAGAGGAAGUAGCUUUUUCUCUUCUGUCCAUGGUGUUAUUAAAAUUACUAGUCUAAUCCUUCUGAAACUGUCCAGGCAGGUUGAGAUAGAAGCCAUACAAAAACACACACACCAAAAAGCACUAUUUUCUCCUGUACUUUUCCCACGUUGGAUGCUUUGUGAAUCAUAGAGGAGAACAAGGCAGAAGCUUGAACAGAAGUUAUUUCUAAAUCUUCAAAAUAAAAGCACUCCAUUAAUCUAACAGUAGUGUACUAUGGAGUAGUAAAACAGCACUUUUCUGUCCUCUAUCACCGAUGGAUUAUUAAAUUACCUCAACUUAAAUGUAGUUUUACUUCAGCUAAUGCAUGAAUUUGAGUUUCAUUUAAACACAAUAUUCAGUUGGGUAAAUUACCAACAUUAUUCAGUCGACCUAUCCAUUAAAAUCAGCUUUUAAAGUUUGAUCUAAACCCGUAGAUUUGAUUCUGUUCCUUUCUUUUAUGUAAGCGGUGGAUUAGGUAACUUGGCUACUAUUUAGAGUCACAGAAAAGCAGGCCUUUUUCCUUUUCUACCAGAACUUAACAGCACAGGUUCUGCUUUUGUUUCCAUCUGGGGUGAGCCUAAAAGUGGGACUGCUCAAGAGAAGUGCAUCGUUUUAUUUCCCACCGGAGUUUUCAUGUAACUAUGAAUCACGGGAUGUUUUCGGCAGCAAGCUAUUUUUCCGCUAAGUAGUCAGGAAGCACAACCAAACAGGCCAUGUUUUAUUCUCCCCCAAAGAAAAGCUGAGAAACGACUGAGCUGCAUCCAGCAGUCGAUUCUUUCUGGAUUCUUCAGUGUCACCUCAGAGUUUCCAGCAGAGAGCAGCCGGUUUAUCUCCGUUCCUUCAGUCUGAAUCUGAUAAUUAAAUGUUGUCACAUGUAAUUAAAAAGCACCAUUUUCUCCUUCACUACUCCCACUGUGGAUGCUCUGUGAAUCAUAGAGGAGAACAAGACAGAACACAACUUAUCUCUAAAUCUGUAGAAGUAGGAGAUCUUCAAAAUAAAAGCACUCCAGUAAUCUAGCAGUAGUUUCCUCCCACCUGGACUCUGUAGUUAAACAGCUCUUAUCUGUCCCUACAAACGAUGGUUGAUUUACGCUUUAAACCCUGAGUCUGCUCCUUGGUUUAUUUGGUUUCUAGUGGAGGCUUUUGAGAAAAACCCCUCUGGUGAUGUUUUGUCUGUAUGAUGCUUUAUGGCUGUUUGUUCUUUCUCUUGCUACUUUUUUUUCAUGUCAGACACUAUUUGCAUAGAGACACUGUUUUCAGAGCAACAUAAGAGUACCGCCUGGCACAAAUACACGGCUGGUGUUACUUUCUGAAUGAAAUGUACUAAAGAUAUAUCAGAAACAACUUGUGUUGAUACAAAACUGUAAUGCAAAUAAACACUUGGUGUUAAAAAUGA